UUACACUUGGCACAAAGCGGUCAGGCAAGUACCAUUCUUCUGGCAACCGCCAAACCCAGACACAUCCAUCGGAUUGCCAGACAGAGAAGUGUGAUUCAUCACUCCAGAGAACAAAUCUCCACUGCUUCAGAGUCCAGUAGUGGCAUGCUUUACACCACUGCAUUUGAAGCUUUACAUUGCAUUUGGUAAUCAUACCACUAACAGUUGAGCGUGGAAUAUUUAGUAGUAAGGACAUUUCAUGAAUGGACUUAUGGCACACGUGGCAACCUAUCACGGUACCACGCUUGAAUUCACUGAACUCCUGAGAGCGACCCAUUCUUUCACAAAUGUUUGUAGAAGCAGUCUGCAUGCCUAG